AUCCACCGUCAGUCCAACAUGGCGGCGGCUUCGUCUGUUUUCCACAGAGUGAGAACUGGCUCAAAAAUAGGAGCUCAGUACGACCAGGAGGGGAACCUCAUCCAGGUGGAAACCCGAGAAGAUGAGGAGCAGAGCGUGAAGCUGGGAGAGAUCCUGGAGCUGCUGCUGGCUGCUGGAUACUUCAGAGCCAGAAUUAAAGGGCUGUCCCCCUUUGAUAAGGUGGUCGGCGGGAUGACCUGGUGCAUCACUACAUGUAACUUUGACAUUGAUGUGGAUCUUCUUUUCCAAGAAAAUGCCACCAUCGGUCAGAAGAUAGCCCUGACAGAGAAAAUCGUCUCAGUUCUCCCGAAGAUGAAGUGUCCUCAUCGUCUGGAGCCGCAUCAGAUCCAAGGGCUGGAUUUCAUCCACAUCUUUCCAGUGAUACAGUGGCUGGUGAAGCGAGCCAUUGAGACCAGGGAGGAGAUGGGGGAUUAUGUUCGGGCCUACUCCAUCUCUCAGUUCCAGAAGAACCACAGACUACCAGAGGAUGAAGAGUUCCUCCAGAGGAGAGACGGGGCCGUGAGGGCAGUCCUGGAUGUAAUGGAGGUCUACAAACCCCAGAGGAAGUACAGGAGGCAGAGGGGAGCCGAGGUGCUGACGGACGAGGAGUCCCGGGUCCACUCCACCCUGCUGGAGUAUGGAAGUGGUGCUGCUGUAGCUUCUCCUCUGUUUCUCCUCCUGUUUCCUCACCUCCCAUCAUCCAUCUCCACCACUAGAAUGUCAGAUUUCCUGCUGCGGUAUGGAUUCAAUAAGCAGUCCGAACAAGACAAGGUGGAUAAAGGAAGAGCCUCCGUUCCUGCUGGAUCACACCCAGCGCCGCCCGGAGGCUCCGACGGGUCAGAAGAGGACCAGCUUCAGGCUGCAGAGGAGAUGCGAAUUAAAAGCCUGAUGACCAACAUGGCCGCCAUGGAGAAUGAGGAGGGGAAGCUGACGGCGAGCGCCGUCGGUCAGCUCGUGGGACUGCAGUCGGAGGAGAUCAAGCAGAUCGCCUCAGAGUACGCCGAGAAGCAGUCGGAGCGUUCCUCAGAGGAACGUUCAGAACGCUACGGCCCGCUGCAGCAGCACCGCCGAGCCGUGGCCUCGCUCAACAAACACAUCCAGCAGAAGACCAAAGAGCUGCAGGAGUUACAGGAGAAGCACUCAGACGUGAAGGCGAGCUGUGACGAGGCCAAAAGACAGCUGACGGAGGCCACUCAGCAGUCCCAGCAGCUGGAGAAGGAGCUGAAGUGUUUGGAGGGGAUGGAGGAGCAGGCUGACAGCGGUGUUCUGGAGAAGCUGAGGGCUCUGGUGACCAUGAAUGAGAGCCUGAAGCAGCAGGAACAGGAGUUUCGUGCACACUGCAGAGAAGAGAUGACCCGGCUGCAGCACAACAUUGAGGAGCUGAAGUCUUCAUCGGGGCAGGACACCGAUGAGGAGAAGGAGAGGAACGAGCUGAUAGACAAACAGUACAACGCAGACCGGGAGAAGCUGCAGAAGAUCCGCCUGCUCAUGGCCCGGAGGAACCGUGAGAUCGCCAUCCUGCAGAGGAAGAUAGACGAGGUGCCGAGCCGGGCCGAGCUGACUCAGUACCAGAAGAGGUUCAUCGAGCUCUACAGCCACGUGUCUGCCACGCACAAGGAGACCAAGCAGUUCUUCACCCUCUACAACACGCUGGACGACAAGAAGGUGUAUCUGGAGAAAGAGGUCAACCUCCUGAACUCCAUCCACGAUAACUUCCAACAAGCCAUGGCGUCCUCGGCUGCCAAGGAGCAGUUCCUCCGCCAGAUGGAGCAGAUCGUGGAGGGAAUCAAGCACAGUCGCAUCAAGAUGGAGAAAAAGAAGCAAGAGAACAAGAUGAGGAGAGACCAGCUGAACGACGAGUACCUGGAGCUGCUCGACAAGCAGAGGCUCUACUUCAAAACUGUCAAAGACUUCAAGGAGGAGUGUCGGAAGAAUGAAAUGCUGCUGUCCAAGCUGAGAGCUAAAGGAGCGUCUUAGUUCUUCACGGCACCGUCGUCCUGAGUUUCGUAGACAAAUGUUUAACAGCCAAGCUGAUCACUCAUGAACUCAUUCCUCGCCGUCGUGUGAAUAAUCCAGUUUGUAAAAAUGCCUUGAGUCCGCUUGUGACGUUGUUUUGAGGACUCCCUCCUCACAUGUGCCAAACUAAUAUAAAUAAAAGUGCUUUCAAUGUUCUCGUUAAUGAAAGACUAUAUAU